CAACACAAUCCCCACACCAAACAGAUCAAACACGAGUAUAUCUUAGCUCACUCUUCUAAUCCUUAUCUAGUAGUCUCCUCCAAAAAGAUAAAAAAAUACAUGGCUUCUUUACACUUCCAGUUCGCUUUGAAAUCGCUCCUUCUAGUCUGUCUUUUUCAUGUCUCUUUUGCUGCUAGGAAGCUUAAUGAGCUAGUGCAAGAUCAACCUCAACUCUUGCGAUACCACGAUGGGGCUCUUCUUUAUGGUAAAAUCUCAGUCAAUCUCAUUUGGUAUGGCAAGUUCAAGCCAUCCCAAAGAGCUAUUAUCUCUGAUUUUGUCACCUCACUGUCAGUUUCACCAUCAUCGCUCAAAGACAGCCAACCUUCGGUAGCCAAGUGGUGGGAAACCACAGAAAAAUACUACCAUCUCACUUCAAAGAAAAACACCCUUUCCCUAACUCUAGGCACACAAAUUCUCGAUGCAAAAUAUUCGCUUGGAAAAUCACUCACAGACAAACAGAUCGUAGAGUUGGCCUCGAAGGGUGACCAAAAAGAUGCUGUUAACAUUGUACUCACAUCUUCUGAUGUUACAGUUGAAGGGUUUUGCUUAAAUAGAUGCGGCACUCAUGGGUCUGCCUUGGGAUCUAAAAGUGGCAACAUUAAGGGCAAGAACUACAGGUUUGCUUACAUUUGGGUUGGUAACUCAGAGACUCAAUGUCCAGGUUACUGUGCCUGGCCAUUCCACCAACCGAUCUAUGGACCACAAAACCCACCAUUGGUCGCACCCAACAAUGAUGUGGGUCUAGACGGUAUGGUUAUCAAUUUGGCAAGCCUUAUGGCUGGCACUGCAACAAAUCCCUUUGGAAAUGGUUACUACCAGGGUCCUAAGGAGGCACCACUAGAGGCUGCAUCAGCUUGCCCUGGCGUUUAUGGCAAGGGGGCUUAUCCUGGUUAUGCUGGUAGCUUGUUGGUCGAUUCUACUACUGGUGCCAGCUAUAAUGCACAUGGCAGUAAUGGAAGGAAAUACCUGCUCCCUGCUUUGUACGAUCCUUCAACAUCAACUUGUUCUACUUUGGUCUGAAAAUGCGAGGGCAGUGAAAGUAGGAUCACCAGGGGAUCAGUAGAAAAUUAUGCAUACGCUAUAAAUAGUGUGAGACUUUGUAAUUCAUUUAUUUGUUGAAUUUUUUGGCUUGUGCGGAUCGAUAAUAGAAAAGCAAAUCACUCCGGUUUGCGUUUUCAUUUGAAAA